GUGGAUUGUUGCCGAGUGUCCUUGCGGACGCCCCACCACAUUCGAUCACAUCCAACUCUUCUCUUCUCUUCCCUUUCCGACCUCUGCCUGAGAUCCCUACUCCAGCGCCUACCCCUAUCUGCAUCUUCAUCAACACAUAUUCACAAUGGUCAACACCAAGGCUCAGUUCGAUAAGGCCGUAGCCAUCGUCAAGGGUCUCCCCGAGGACGGGCCCGUCAAGCCUACUCAGGAUGACAAGCUCGCUUUCUACGCCCACUUCAAGCAGGCUAACGAGGGUGACGUUUCCGGUCCUGCUCCUGGCAUGUUCGACUUUGUCGGCAAGGCCAAGUACAACGCCUGGAAGAAGAUUGCUGGCAUGAGCAAGGAGGACGCUAUGGCCAAGUACGUUGAGCUUUUGACUGAGAUGCUCAAGAAGUCCGAUGACGAGGCCUCUAAGCAGUACCUCGCCGAGCUCGAGGCUGCUGGGGCCAGUGCUUAAAUAUGAGGACAUUUCAGGUAUUAGAAGUGCUAUGCAGUGACCUCUAAACGUAAUGUUUUUGAGCAGUGCUAAAGUACUUUGUCGAAGCAUCUCGGUCUCGAGAAUGGUUCUUCUGAAUAAUCGCCGAUGAAUUACUGAGGUUCGUACCAAAGCAACCUUCAUUAAAUUUGAAACGUAUCAGAUGAAACUUCCGUGGUAUUGACACACCUCGACAUCUACGUUAACAUCAUACACCAUGGCCACAAUUGGAGAAGAAGGUUGAAUCAUUAGUGUGGGGUUACUAAAAAUGAUCGUUAGAGACAGGCUACAUGAACACGAGAAUGGCAAUUUAAACAUUGUCUAAUGCCAUGACCUCGUUGACAUUCACGCGCAAAACAUGUAUGGAGACUUGAAGAGGCUGUGGAUAGUCACAAGCGUCUGGGCCGAGUCGCAAACAUCACCAUGAGGUGUUUCAUUCUCCGACAUGACUAAAGAAGCAGAACAAGAGCAUUUCGAGGCACCGUUGAGUUGCAAGGACGAUCUCAUAGCAAAUUCGUAACGCGUUAGACCGUGAAUGGAUACUUCUCACGUCAGUUGUCUACAUCAUCAGAUGACACAACAUUGUAUCGCAGUUAGCUGUGAAGCUGGUGCCAAUCUGUUUAGCCAACAGUAUCCGACUACGCUAAAGAUCUUAAUGAUAAUGUCAGCGUUAGAUCAAAGGAACUUGCAAAAGGUGGCAUGCGGUGACAUACGUUCUUUUGAUGAGGAGAAGAGACAGUUGGGGCGGCCAUUGAGUGGAUGAUCAAUUAAAACUUCUUCGGCUCUUUUGUAGUUUCUGAAUACUGUGCAUGAGAAUGC